AAGAAUGGAGCUGUCCCAGCUACUCAAUGAGAUCAGGGCAAACUAUGAAAAGCUCCUCACGAGAAAUCAGAUAGAGACCGUGCUCUCAACAAGGAUCCAGGUAAUGAUUUCAUACAGACAGGCACCUUCCAGGAUAAGGAGACAAUCCCUGUCUAUCCAAUUCCUGUCCCGGCCUCUCUGAGCUAGAAGAAGAUAUGAGCAAAAAAAUGGACAAAGAUGAAGAGGCUUUAAAGGCAGCUCGAGCAGAACUCAAGGAAGCGCGACGCCAGUGGCACCACCUGCAAGUGGAAAUUGAGUCUCUCCAGGCGGUGGAAAGGGGCCUUGAAAACUCCCUACACGCCAGUGAGCAACAUUACCAGAUGCAGCUGCAAGAUCUAGAGGCCGUGAUUGAAGGACUAGAAAAAGAGCUGCAGGAAGUAAGGCGGGGCAUUGAAAAGCAGCUUCAAGAGCACGAGAUGCUUCUCAACACGAAGAUGAGGCUAGAACAAGAAAUCGCCACUUAUCGCCGCCUCCUAGAAAAGGAAGAAAUCAGAUAUUAUGGUUGUAUCCAAGGUGAGAAAAAAGAACAAAAACCUUCGACAAGUAGAGUUGGUUUUGUUUUACCUUCAGCCAUUAUAAAUGAAAUAUCUUUUUCAACGAAACUCCCACAAAAGUAUGAGAACGAAAAAGUGGAAACAAUGACCAAACAGGCAAUACUAAAUGGAAAUAUUGUGAAGGAGAGCACUGAGGCUCGUGGCACUAUUCAGACAGAGAAAGUGGAUGAAGUUAUUAAAGAAUGGGAAGGCUCCUUCUUUAAAGAUAACCCUCGAUUAAGGAAAAAAUCGGUUUCUCUUCGAUUUGAUCUUCAUUUAGCAGCCACUGAUGAUGGGUGUUUACAGACUAAGCAGGAUAAUCUACCAGAUAUAGAAGUCAGGCUUAUCAUGAGAAGAUCAUGCAGUAUCCCCUCUAUCAAACCUCCAUCAGCAGCUAAUUAAUCUGACAGUACUUGACUGGAUUUGAAAAUGACAUUAGGGUGGACCAUGGUGGCCCAUGCUGACUGCCUUCUAUCCCAAAAUGUAAGUUAUUAAGUAUGUAUGCAAUGAUUAAUGUGUGAUUCUCUUCAGAAAACAAACAGGAAGGGACACAAUUUCUCUGAAUCUAAUUAUGGAUGCAUUCUUUGAAGAGGAGGAGCUUCAAAAUAAAAUCAGAAAUUCAGUAUGGUUUCUAUUUUGUUUACUCCAAAUAGUGUUCUUUUCCUCUCGAAAUUUUAUCAGAGACUAUAAGCAUUAAGGUGGCUUGGUUAAAAGUCUUUGAAAUUUCACUCAGUGGCUGAGUAUUCUAAGGAAAAGGAACAAACUGUUUAGGUAUGAUUGUAUUAUAUUAAGAAUCAUACUGACUUAUUCAUCAUUAUUCCAUGACUGGUUAUAGCUAAAAAGAUUUUUCUACUUAAAAAAGAAAGCAAUCGUAAACAAACUUUUAAAGAGGACUCACUAGUCACAUAUAAAAAAAAAAUUUUUUUUUUUUUGAGACAAUCAUUUGCAUACUUAGAAAAAUAUCAGAGCUACUUUCCACAAGCACUUCCAAACAAACUAUAGAACACACCCCUGGCUAAUCUGAUGAUUAAAUAAAUUUAAAUUAAUCUUCAUCCAAAAGCUUUUUGUAAUAUGAUCUGAUUUCCAAAGAGUUACUUUAUUCAAGGAACUUUAAGGUUGUGUCCUCCCCCACAAAAAAAUCAGAAGGCCAGUGGCACAAACAAAAGAUGAAAAUCUUGUUGCUACCAUUACUAGAAUAGAGUUCUCUAAUCUCACCAUCCCAACUUUUCCUUCUGUAAAAUUAAAUGUGACUAAUUUGAAUAUUCAAUGUGAGCAUUAGGUAAGAUACUAGGUAAAAGUAUUAUAAAUAUUUCUUGCAAUCAUUUAUGUGAGUUAAGAGAACAAUAUUGUUAUGUAAGUGAUGAGUAUUUGCAGGAUUUCCGUUUUUAAAUUGUUCAAACUGUAAUAAAUACGGACAGAAAAUCUAUUUGUGAAUAAGCCAAGUAUUGUUGCAAAGUUUUUUAAACAACUUAAUUUGUUUAAUACAGGCAUAUUUAUUUAUUUUAAGACCUUAAAUAAUAAAUACCUGUUUUAAAACAUUAGAAAUUUAUAGGCUAUCACUUUUUUUCUAAGCAAAAAAAAAAAAAAAUGUUGAGUACAACUUACCAUACUUUUUCCCAGCUAAAGUAUCAUCAAAGGGCUACCGCUCAGUUAGCAUUUUCCUUACCAGUCUUUGCAAUCUCUCUCGCUCUCAUUUCACUCAGAACAAAAUAUAUAUUUUAACCAGGAGAAAAUUAUGUUAAAUCAUCUUUAACAUAAUACAGGGAUAUACAAUUUUAAAAUUUUCUUUUUCAAUUACCUUUAGGUUCCUUUCAGCCUCUCUUAUUCCAUUUAGCAAAAGGGAUGAUUUUGUUUUGUCAAGGAUACAAUAGCAUGUUAAAUGCUUAUUCUUGUGUAAGCAUCUGUCCUAAAAUACAUCUUAUACAGUGUUUUCAUUCAAUAUUAGUUAAAUGCUAUGCUACUACUAACUUCAUUAAUGCUUUGAAAAAUGCAAUCAUAUAAACUAUUGUACUAAAGUUACUGUACUAAGCAACAGUAAUCAUAAUAAAACAAUAUCUAGUAUAAUCUACAUGCAGUGUUCAGAACAGUACUGGGCAUCAUGAAUGUAAUUGCUUGUUAUAGUAAUUCCGCUAUGCAGCUCUUGUGUGUAUAACAUGUACACUUUAAAAUACAGUACUUGAAUUUAUUUAAAAAAAUUAUUUGUUUUGGGGCAUUUUAAAUCGGGAUAUGAAUUUACCAAAGUAAAUGAUACCACUACAAUAAAAAAAAAAAAAACCUGAAACAUGAACUCCAAAGCUGCAUUUUAUUUGAGUUUGAUA